AUGGAUGGAAUGGCUAUUCCCACGUGGAAUGGCACGGUGAUUUCUAAGAAAAAAAUUUACCAAGCAAAGGAAUGGAAUGGAGUUGAUUGUGAUGAUUUCUGCAACAGUUGGGAUGUUGAAAUUGAUGAAAUAAGAGGUCAGGGAUUAAUAGAGGAGAAAGAUGUGAGUGAUGAAGAGAUUGAUGCAGAGGAAUUGGAGAAGAGAAUGUGGAAGGAUCGUGUGAGGCUGAAGAGGAUCAAGGAGAGACAGAAGCUUGCAGAGAAGCAUAAGGCUAUAUCGUCGACUACAGACCAGGAUGGCAUCUUGAAAUACAAGCUCAAGCUCAUGGAUGUCUGCAAGGCUCGUGGCUUUGUGUACGGCAUCAUCCCUGAGAAGGGUAAGCCCGUUAGUGGUGCAUCGGAUAACAUACGAGAAUGGUGGAAGGAGAAAGUGAAGUUCGACAGAAAUGGCCCUGCGGCUAUUGCUAUGUAUGAGGCCUAUUGCCUCUCUAGAGAGGAUAGUUACAAGGGGGAUUCGCAGAGUCUCCUUCAAGACUUGCAAGAUGCUACGUUGGGGUUACUUCUGUCGUCGUUGAUGCAACACUGUGAUCCGCCUCAGCGGAAGUAUCCGUUGGAGAAGGGCGUUCCGCCACCAUGGUGGCCGACAGGGGAUGAGAAAUGGUUGGCCAGACUGAGUUUACCAUAUAUUUUUGACAAAUUUUCUAAAUAUAAUUUGACCUUCAAUAUUAUCAUUUAAUUUUGUAACA